AUGCUCACUAUCCAAGAAGUUGGAGACUGCUCUUCAGAUGCAAAUGAAACUGGCAUAAACACUGGCGUGGAGUCGAUGUCACAUUCUUUAACAGCGCAAAACAAUAAUGGAGAAAAUUAUGAUGUGAGCAACACCAACUCACUACAAGUUCUACCCAGUACCUGUAGCGUACAACAGCCAUCUGCAGAUAUCGGAGAAAUAGAAAGCGAUGACGCAGAAUUCAACAGAGAGAUGUGUCUCCUACUUAUGGAUAAUCGUCCUCAGCCAAUUUACUCUCGCAAGGUCUUUCUUGGUGGACUUCCGCUCCAUAUCAGCACAGAUGAGCUGCAAAGGUUCUUUUCCGGGUUUGGACCCGUGAAUAUUGGCUGGCCUGUGGCAGAGAACAAUAAUGAGCAUGAUGGAUAUAUGUUCGCCACCUUUGCAUCUGCUGAUUCAGUUGUAAAACUCGUGGAAAAAUGUGUUCGCCUCAACGGUCGUCUGGCAAUAAGUUUACCUUUCAGUAGUAGCCACUCCGCCAGCAUUCACGUCCGUGUCUGGUACACUAGAGAUGCGAAAUACUGUUCAUCUGAAUGUGGUGAUUCCAUCACGAAAAACACCCGGAACUGUGUUUUUGUUGGUGGUAUUCCGCGUACCAUGACAGCAAAACAGUUGUCAUACUUCAUGUCACUAACAUUUGGAGAUGUGGUCUUUGCACGAAUUGAGGUAGAAAUGGAAACAGAUUAUCCAAAAGGCGCAGGCUGUGUUAUGUUCCGCGACCGCGAAGCAUUUGUAGCGGCAAUUGCCAGCCGUUUCGUCCCGCUGAACUUCGGUGAACACAUUAAGCAGAUUGAGCUGCAGCCAUAUCUCAUGAGACUAGUGGAAUGUGACAUUUGUCAAACAAUGAAAACUCGGAAUUUCUGCCCAAAGUUACGGUGCCUCAAAUUUAUGUGUGACAUGUGCUGGAAACAAGCGCAUGUGGACAUGCCUGAGCAUCAACCACUGGUUCGUUCACCACCUUUGCGCCCUCGUCCUCUUUUGAACCAACAAUCUACUGCCGGUGACCGAGGGCUGGAAAAUGUGGGAAUAAUCGAUCCGACCGCAGCGUUCAGGUCUAACUGGGUACGCCAGGGUGAUGCUGUGAAUGGUGCUCGUAGCCUGUGCCAAGUUGUUAAUUCCAUCCAGUUUCCAUCAAUUACUCUCUUUGAUAGUGAAAGUGAAUCGAACACAGACUGGAAUACAGAUUGCGGCAUUUUCGACAGCCAUGGACCACCUCCACAUGCGUUUCGUUCUCGCCCAUCACUUGAGACUACCCACCAGCUGUUUAUUCCACGUCGCCUUAGAGGACGCUCUGAACCUUUUUGCGAACGCAACGUAAACUUCAUGGAUCAGCGCAAUCGAUGGAGAGGCUCCCCGCAUAAGCGUAAUAAUAACUCCCGCUACAAGUACUAUAACUCUAAUCAAAUCAACUGUACCGCCUACGGAUCCACUGACUAUCGCCAUCGUUUACGUUGCUGUCACCUGAGCGAUUCAAGAGAAAACCCAAAUUUUUUCUGUUCAUCUCGUAGCAUGAGAGAUAAUCAAUGGUCAGAACGAAUCUGCAGAAUCUCCAGUGAUUCUUCUGCAAGAGCCGUAAUCGCUUCGAAUGUGAGUAAUUUCGCGAAACCUCGUAUCUCUUUUUCUCCAACUGUUCGUCGUCCUAUUCCACGCCAGCCAGAUGAAGAAGCACAGAAUUCUACUAACAGUGGUAUCGAAGUUAAUGAAAACACCAAUGGGAAUAUUAUAACUCUGGGAAAUGUUGCUCAUUUGUCGCAUGUCUCAAUGUACUGCUCUUUCCUGGUAUAA